AUGGCUUCCAUUUCUUGCAAGAUUGCUACUUUCAGCUUUCUCCUCAUCUCUAUCUUUCUUUCCAUUUCCAUCAUCAAAGUGUGUGAGGCACAAGCUAGGCCUCCUACUGCCAAGGGUCUAUCAUAUACCUUCUAUGACAAACGUUGCCCUAAGCUUGAAUCUAUUGUUAGAACUGAGCUCAAAAAGGUCUUCAAGAAAGACAUUGCUCAAGCUGCUGGCUUGCUUCGCCUUCACUUCCAUGACUGCUUUGUUCAGGGUUGUGAUGGGUCAGUUUUAUUGGAUGGAUCAGCAAGUGGGCCAAGUGAGAAAGAUGCACCACCAAACUUGACUUUGAGAGCUGAGGCCUUUAAGAUCAUCGAAAAGCUUCGUGGUCUGUUAGAGAAGAGCUGUGGAAGAGUCGUCUCAUGUUCAGACAUCACUGCCCUCGCAGCACGCGAUGCUGUUUUCCUUUCAGGAGGACCAGACUACAAGAUUCCCUUGGGAAGGAGAGAUGGGUUAACCUUUGCCUCGAGACAAGUGACAUUGGAUAACCUUCCACCACCCUCAAGCAACACCACCACCAUCCUAAACUCCCUUGCCACCAAAAACCUCGACCCCACCGAUGUGGUAUCCCUCUCUGGUGGCCACACCAUAGGCAUCAGCCACUGCAACUCUUUCACCAACAGACUCUACCCUACACAGGACCCUGUCAUGGACAAAACCUUUGGUAAAAACCUCAGACUCACAUGCCCCACCAACACAACCACCAACACCACAGUGUUGGACAUUCGAUCCCCCAACACCUUCGACAACAAGUACUACGUGGACCUCAUGAACCGACAGGGCCUCUUCACCUCCGACCAAGACCUGUACACCGAUAAGAGGACCAAAGGCAUCGUCACCAGCUUUGCCGUGAACCAGAGUCUCUUCUUUGAGAAGUUUGUGUUUGCCAUGCUCAAGAUGGGUCAGCUUAGUGUGUUGACGGAAAAUCAAGGGGAGAUUCGUGCCAACUGCUCCGUUAGGAAUGUUAAUAACAAGUCCUUCUUGACUUCUGUGGUGGAAAAUGUGGCCCGAGAGUUCAUAGAAAUGUAA